AUGAGGAAUCACAAGAAGAAGAAGAAGACUAUGAAGUUUUCGGAUCUUCCAGACGAUUUGGAAUCGGAAAUAGUGUGUAGGGUUCCGGCCAAGUCUCUAGCUAAAUUGGAAACUACUUGCAAACGAUGGUACGCUUUGUUCAGAGAUGAAAGUUUCGUCAGAAAGAACAAGAAGUUGGGUAAAUCAGUUAGGGAGUCGAUGUUACUGAUUAAUUUUGGGAUUUACUCAAUCAGCGACGAUCUCCAUGGACUUCACAAAACGGGCGUUGAUCCGUCUAUCAAAUUUUCCGGUAAACUUAACAGUCUAAAGAAGGAUCCCGAAGAAAAAGAUAUCUAA